GUACAGGCAGUCGCGGCAGCGGCGGCGCAGUGAUCUCGGGCAUAGCAGCCAGUAGCGAAAGAGCAGCGGUGCUGGUGGCAACGUGCGAGUUCCCUGAGCUCUUGUACAUGUGACAUAGAGAAGACCAACGAAGAGCCUCCGUGUGACACAGCCAUGGAUCGGAGCUCCAAAUUCCUGGUGCGCAAGGUCAUCAUUGACUUUGUCUGCUUGUUUACGGUUGGUAUCACGAUACUGAUGUUCUUCUUGUUCGGUAAGCCGUAUCAACGUGGUUUCUUCUGCAACGACGAGUCGCUCAUGCAUCCCUUCAAGGAGUCUACGGUCACCAGUCCCAUGCUCUACGUUAUUGGCUUGUUUCUACCCAUUUGCACGAUGAUCGUUUUCGAGUACCAGCACUCCAAGCGCAUGCCCGAGAGAAAGUCUUUGGUGAUGUUUGGCGUGAACUUGCCUGCCUGGGUGCCCAUGGCGUACGCUAAGAUCGGAAUCUUUGGUUUCGGGGCUGCGGUGACGGUCUUGACGACCGACAUUGCCAAGUAUACGGUUGGCCGGCUGCGACCACAUUUCCUGACAAAGUGCAAGCCCCAGAUCGAUUGUAACUUACCAGAAAACAUGCACCGGUACAUCGAGGACUUCAGCUGCGAUCCUACCGUGCCUGCCAGAUAUCUAAAGGAGCUCAGGCUGUCCUUCCCGUCGGGCCAUUCGUCCUUCUCGGCUUACACCAUGAUCUACUUGGCGCUGUACCUGCAGCUGAGAAUGACGUGGAGAGGAAGCAAGUUACUCAGGCAUUUCCUACAAUUCCUGUGCAUAAUGAUGGCUUGGUUCACGGCAAUGACCCGUAUUUCUAACUACAAGCAUCACUGGGGUGACGUACUUGCUGGUUGUUUGAUCGGCGCCGCAGUCGCACUAAUCACGGCGUUCGGGAUAGCAGAUUUGUUCAAGGAACGUCGUCAAGAGGUCAGAUGUUGUCACCAAUCCGAGGAGUCGUUGCACCAACAGCAGGAGCAGGCGAAGAUCCGCGCGGAUUACGAGCCCUCUGCGUCGCCGGACGCUACCCAGAUUGAAUCGACACCGCUGAGAAGCGCUUCACCAGACUACGGAGGGGUUCAUUUUUCCCACUCAGAAAAUGGACGGAAAAGUCGAUAAAUCAGCAUAAUUUAGAAGCAAUAAUUUAUAAAAUUUGAAGUUUUUUUAUAUUGUAUUAAUUUUUGCAACAAUGUGCAUAAUAAAGCAAGAAUGAA